GGGGUCAUGGCCCCUAUUGAUCCUAUACCGGCUCCGCCAGCUAUUACAGAAGUGUCGUGUCAAUGUGUGAAACCCCUCACAAGAAUCUUAGUAUUGGAGAUAAUAAUCUCUCUCUCUCUCUCCACACAAUUCAAAAAUCAUAAACUCUCGAAGUAUUCAUUGAUGGCAGAGAAGAAAGAAGAAGACAGUUGUUUAUUAGUAAAAGGGUCAUCGCCAAAUGAAGCGAUUUUCUUUGUGCUGGCUUAUCUACCUCUGUUCGAACUUCUGACCAUAACCCGUGUCUGCAAAUCUCUGAGAGAUGCAGUAAACGACGACGUACUCUUGUGGCUGAAAAUAGUGGUCGAACGGCCACUCAGCUGGCGAAUUUCCGACAAUAUUUUAAUCCACGUGGCUUCAAGAGCUAAAGGAAGGCUCCAGUUUCUUGCACUCAUCAACUGUGUGAACAUCACAGAUCAUGGGCUUUUGAGACUUGUAUCCCAAAAUCCUCAUAUCACCAAGCUUCAUAUUCCAGGGUGCACAAACCUAUCACCAGCAGGAAUAAUUGAAUCAGUGAAGCUUUUAACCAACAACAGCAACCACAGAUUACAAAGCCUCCAAAUCAACGGCGUACACGGCAUCAAGAAAGAAGAUCUCGAGACACUCGAAAAUCUCAUGAUCAACCGUAAUCAUCAGACAAGAAAGGAGACACCCGACAAGAUCUUAUACCACACGUACAGAAAAUACAAAGAUAAUUACAUCAACCGUUUGAUCGACGUCGAAAUAUGUCCAAAGUGCGACGAAACGAGAAUCGUUUUCGACUGCAUUAAUGGAGCUGCAUGCAAGCACUGUACGAGGGGCUGCGAAUCGUGCGUCGCGAGGUGCGUGGAGUGUGGGAUUUGCGUAAGGGGCGACGAAGAACUUGAAGAGGCUUCUUGUACGGACACUUUGUGUCUGAAUUGUUGGCUGAAGCUACCUAAGUGCAAUCAUUGCAAUAAGCCGUAUUGUAACGAACAUGCUUAUCUGCGGCAUCCAGUUGUACUUUCGGGCUCGGAUACGGGAUUUGUUUGUGCCGAUUGUCAUUCGUCACAAUUCAUUUGAUCGAGAAAUAUAUUCUAUUAUUGUAAAUAUGCAUCAAGCUUCCCAAAACAAAACGAUACACGCUGAACUAGUUGUUUUUGUUGUACAAAAUAUGAAUUGAUCAAUGAAUCACUUCGAUUGUAAUAUAUGUGUUGCACCGACACUUCGGAACAAAAUUGUUAAAGCAUUGGACGCCUGUCGAGCACUUG